CCCCGGGUGAUGCAAUUUCAUGUGCUGGGUAUUUGUGACAUCGUGUCAAUCGUGUGUCAGUAGAUAAGUCUGUCCACAGAUUUAUGAUUAUUGUUUACGAGAAAUUCCGAUUACCAUAAAUAAUUAGCUGAAAAAGUAAAAUGGUUGAAGAUAAACCAACGACUAAUCCUCAGACAGGAGAUGAAAUAUCUAAAAAAGCACUUAAAAAGCAGCAAAAGGAGUUGGAGAAAGCUGCAAAGAAGGCGGAAAGAAAAGCUCAAACACAGUCACAGCAACAAUCAACAGGUGAAACUGAAGAUGUUUCUAUUGGCAAGUACGGACAGAUGGACAUGAUUCAGAGUAAGGAGAAAUAUGAAAACAGAAAGUUUACUAUGAUCAAAGAUUUAGAUGAGAGUAUGGAGAAUCAGACAGUCUGGUUAAGAGGUCGUUUACACACGAGUCGCGCAAAGGGCAAACAAUGCUUUAUUGUAUUGAGACAACAAUCGUACACGGUGCAGGGAUUAGCUGCCGUGAAUGAAGAGAUUAGCAAGCAAAUGAUUAAAUUCAUAUCCAACAUCACGAAAGAGUCUAUAAUUGACGUAAAAGCUACAGUGAAAUCUGUGCCAUCGGAAAUUGAAUCGUGCUCGCAGCGAAACGUCGAAGUUCAUUUGGAGGAGGUUUUCGUGGUAAGCGCGGCAAAGCCGCAGCUUCCUCUGCAAAUAGAAGAUGCCGCGAGGCCCGUCGGCGAAGCGGAUGAAACGGCGUUGAAUAUUCGAGUGAACCAGGACACCAGACUGGAUAACAGAGUACUGGAUUUACGUACGCCAGCUAAUCAGGCAAUCUUCAGAGUGGAAGCUGGCGUUUGCAAGCUCUUUAGAGACAUCCUGACGAAGAAAGGCUUUGUCGAAAUCCAUACCCCCAAAAUUAUCUCCGCAGCUAGUGAGGGCGGUGCGAAUGUAUUCACAGUGUCUUAUUUCAAAGGCAAUGCUUACUUGGCGCAAUCACCACAGUUAUACAAACAGAUGGCGAUCGCCGCUGACUUCGACAAGGUGUUCACUGUCGGAGCAGUUUUUAGAGCAGAAGAUUCCAAUACGCACAGGCAUCUGACAGAGUUCGUGGGUCUUGAUCUGGAAAUGGCUUUCAAAUACCAUUAUCAUGAGGUAGUAGACACCAUUGGGCAAUUGUUCACCGAGUUAUUUAAAGGUCUACGUGAUAUCUACGCGGAUGAUAUUAAAGCAGUCAGCCAACAGUACCCAGUGGAGCCAUUCAAGUUUCUCGAGCCGGCCUUGAGACUGGAGUUUCCACAGGCAAUUGAGUUAUUGGCAGAAGCAGGUGUCACUCUUGGCGAAGAGGAUGAUUUAUCAACACCGGAUGAGAAACUCUUAGGAAAACUUGUCAAAGCCAAGUACGAUACGGACUUUUACAUUUUGGACAAGUAUCCUCUUGCAAUAAGGCCUUUUUACACCAUGCCGGAUCCAAAUAAUCCUAAAGCAUCUAACUCAUACGAUAUGUUUAUGCGAGGAGAAGAGAUCAUAUCUGGCGCACAACGUAUUCACGAUCCGGACUUUCUCACUGAACGUGCCAAACAUCACGAAAUUGAUAUUGAAAAAAUUAAAUCGUACAUCGAUGCCUUCAGAUACGGUUGUCCACCGCAUGCUGGCGGCGGCAUAGGCCUGGAGCGCGUGGUGAUGCUGUAUCUCGGUUUGGAUAAUAUUCGCAAAGUAUCUAUGUUCCCACGCGAUCCUAAGCGCCUCACUCCUUAAGGUGCUUCAUUUUAAUAUAUCAUAUUAAUAUAUAUUUAAUACAUAUAUAUUGAUAUUGUCACAUACUGCAAGAAAGUAAAUAAAAAUCCUCCAUUUGAAACAUAUACACUUUGUAUAUUUUUAAUACAUUUCUUAAUCUUUCUCUGUUAUUACGUGUCGAACUAAUUGGAAUUAUAAAAAUUUGUAAGAUUCAGUAACUCUACCACAGUAUACAGUAGCGCAACUCUGUGUCGGCACCUUUGAUGUGUAUGUGCUCAAAAUGGAGUGCGCAUGCGCGAAGUCAGCGAGUAACUGUCUCUGUCUACACUGUCUCUCGCUCGCUCACUCUUUCAGUAUUUGAAUGGUCGUGAAAACAUAUAUGUUUUUAUUGACGAAUUUGAGUACAGAGUUAACUUACAAAGUAGUGUUGUGUAGUGAAAGUGAAGUAGAAGUGAAAAAGAUAGUGGAAAGCUGAUUGAAGCGUAUUAUCCUUAGAGGAAAUAGUUAACCUAUAUAAAUAUUUAUAUAGCUUUUCUAUUUUCUCGUAGGAAGCACUUUGAUCUUAGCUUUCUGUUUCAGAUAUAUUGCUGGUGUUGUUAAAUACCACAAAAAUGAAUAGAGAAGGAAAGCAAUGGUGUGCUGUGCCAAAAUGUAUGAACAUUAGUGUGGAAAAACGACAUUUUUUUAGAUUUCCUAAGGAACAUGAUAGAUGGUUGCAAUGGAUAAGAGCAGCCAAUAGGCUUGAUUUGGAACAAAAAGGUCCACAUUAUGCUUAUAAUAAUUGUACCUUAUGUCACCUGCACUUUGAAGAAAAGUGGUUUAGAAGAAAGACCACACUUUGCGUACAUCCAAAUGCAGUUCCGACUUUAUUUUUUGGUUUUGAAAAUACAGGAGCAGAGGUAGAAAUUCUGGAAGUCGAAGUACAAGCAGAAGCAGAAAUGCAAAGAGAACACCGAAUGUGAACUUACAUUCCAUUUAACAUGCACAUGAUCUUUUGUCAUAAUGAAAAAAGAUUUCUCAAUGCAAAAAUAUAGGCGUAGCACGGACAAAACGGCGGCCUGGCCGCUCUCAGGUUCCUCUCUGAUAAUAUAUUACAAUAUAGUAUAUAUUAUAUUAUAUUUGUUAAUGUAUUACAUUUUUUGUUUCGUCUGUCUAUUCAACCUUAUUUAUAUUAGCAACAAGAUUUAGCAACAACUUGAAAAAAAGAGAAAGAACAAA